CCCUCUCGUCGGGGCUCGCCCCCACGUUCGCGCCUGCGCAACAGUCGCCGAGCAUCGGCGAGCUGCUGCGACGACACACCGACGGUCAGUGAGCGGCGGAUCCAGGAGGAAGCGCCGCCACCCCCCUCUCCUGUCAGAUGCACUGGUUCUGUGAGCUCACUUUGAUGUCAGCGCCCCCUGGAGUUGGGAGGAGCGUCUGCGAAAAAUCAAAUCCCAGUUAAAAACCUCCUGUCUGCGACCGUCCUCAUGUUCCUGCACGGCAAUAAAUAGCUCUUUCAAAAGAACAACAUUUAUUUCCAAGAUGGAGGGCGUAGCAGUACAGAACCUGAUAGACUUUGACCUCCCCUCCGAGGCCACGGCUCUCGGGCUGGACGCAGGUCACCACGGAGGCCCUGCAGACAUUUUCUCCCCAGAGCCGGCAUCUUCCACCGGAGUCCUCCACCACCAGCCCUUACUGCCAGAGCCGAUGGCGCCGACCAAACACCACCACCACCACCAGCGCCAAGAGGAAGGAGGCGACGACAGCGACGCGACAGAGUCGGCGGACAGCGAGAAUGACAUGGACCCGCCCUCUCACACGUGGGAGCUGAGGAGGUCGUCGUCGUCGUCCGCCCACAGUCGGGAGGACGGCGACGCCGAGGCGCUGGAGGGGAGGAACUUCAUGAAAGCUUACGUGGAGAAGGUGUUCCACGGAAAGGACGACUUUGACCAGGAAGAGAAGGCUCAUUUUGGGGAACUGUGCACCGGAGAGACGAGCAAAGGUCGCGAGUGGUUUGCCAAAUAUGUCAGCGCACAGCGCUGCCACUCCAAGUGUGUGAGUGAAGCCACCUUCUACAGGCUGGUGCAGUCGUUUGCAGUCGUGCUGUUUGAAUGUUUCCAGAUGGAUGACUACAGUCCAGCCAAGAACCUCAUGACCAUGUGCUUCACGUACUACUACAUCGGGAAGUCUCAGCCAUCUCCGUCGGAGCUGCUGGAUCGUGGCGGUCCUCCCGCCGGUAUGGACUUGUACUUCAACAAGGCCAACUCGUGGCUGUCGGGGAAGAAGGACGCGGCCGAGCGGCUCCUCAAAAACACGUCCAAGCCCGACGUGAAGGGCUUCUUCGGAGGCCUGGAGAACAAGCUCCGGAGCUCCAUGGCUCCCAAGACCGAAGACGAGGAAAACCCCGUUGACACGAAGCCCAAAUCACCAGAUUCUGAGGCUCCGGAGCAGAAGAAAGGGGAGAAGGUUUAUCUGUACGGCCACCUGAAGCAGCAGCCCAUCUGGCACACGCUCAGAUUUUGGAACGCUGCGUUCUUUGACGCCGUACACUGUGAGAGGAGGAAGAGAUCGCCGACCACCAGGGGAACGCAGGAUGAAGAGAAAGACGAGAGGGAGAAGUGGUGUCACAUGACCCAGGAGGAGCGAGACGACAGCUCCAAGAUCGACGAGAACAUUGCCUUCGGUCAGCUCGGGACGUUCACUCACAACAUGUUGGCGUUCGGGCUCAGUAAGAAGUUGUGUAGUGACUUCCUGAAGAAGCAGGCCGUCAUCGGAAACCUCAACGAAGAACAGUACAAGCUGCUGAGUGACCACAUAGAGAAGAUGGCGGCCGAGUGAGUUGGAGGACGACCGCCACGCGAUACAUUUCUUCUCGACCGAUUAUCGUGUUGUUGUUGCGUUUGUGUGGUUUUUACUGCCGUAACCGUCCGUACUCAACUGUAGUGUAGUCGUAGCAAACGCCGUCAUCAGCUGGUGCAUGACUGAACCUGUGUGACGCCGUCGUCUGUGACUGAACUAUUUUGAAACUUCAACAGUCUCCGUGUUAGUAGAUUUGACAUCCUACGUGCGGUUUAUUAUUCUGUGUUUCCAUGGUGAACAUAUUUAUUACAUGUUAGAGAAACACUGUACAAAGUAAAAAGUGAUGUCCCGCCUUCCUGCAUGUGACAUAAACAUCCACAUACAGUUCUGACCCGACGGGUUUAAUAGCUCGAGGCUCAUGAUGAAGAAACAAUAUCCCUCCGUGCCGUUUGUCAAAUUAAUAGUUAUUGAGAUUUUUCGCGGUAAAUAUGUUUAUUUUCUUAUUAUCUUUGCUCAGAGUUAAACAAUAGAUUCACACCGCUCUCUGUGUGUAUGCUAAAUAUGAAGCUACCGCAAGCACACGGUUAGCUUAGCUUAGCAUAAAGCCAUGGCAACCACAUCCAAAGGUAACGUGAUGUCCUUCCAAGCAGCUCAGUGAUUUAUUAAAUCUGCAAAAAGAACGUGAAGUGUAAAAAAUGACAAUGUGUUUGUUUGAAGGCCUUCCAGUCUUUAUGCUAAGCUAAGCUUACUGCUGUCUUCUCCAGGUCUUUCCUCCGUGUACGUAGAGAUUCGCUGCUUCCUACUUCGAUCCCAUUUUUUACCACUUUAGCACAUUUAUAGUGCAGUGGUUGUAUUUUGUUUUUUUAUUUUUUUAUUUGAAUACACCAGGAACAUUAAAUCGGUCCAAAGUGCCUUAAUGUUUGUCUUUAUCCUCUGAUGCUU